UUUUUGCACUGAUGUUUAUAUUUUGUGUGAAAUGGAGGGGAACCCCAUCUGUCUGCACAUUGAUUCUGUGGAAAUGGUUUGAAAAUGACAUUAAUGGCCAUUUUAUGUGAAGGGAUUGUUUUGUGGGGAUAGUUUGCUGUUUUUGGAACUUUACACACACACUGCUUGAUGAGUGAAGGUAAACGUCUGGGUGAUGCCAACUUACAGGAUGAAAGCAUUUUUAAAUCCCAUGUAAGUGGAAAGACUAUGUCAGCAUCCACAGUUAAAAGGUGUUGACAGUGACUUACCUGCCUUCCACUACCUAUCAGCAUUGCUUUUGACACUACUAUGAAUGUCAGGGUGGUGGAUAUUUGGCCUGUCACUUAGAAAAGAUUAAGUGAAUUAACAAUGAUAUGCUACUGCAUUUCUAAAUGUGUUAAUUUAAUUCCACGAGCUUCUGGUUUUGUGCCUGUUAAGGAUGGGCUGACUUCUUUGCAAUAAUGUGAUAAUGAUAGGACUAUUUUCUCAGACUGAUUAACAACAUUGGAGAAGAAAUAAAAAGGAUAUAAAUGGAGGGAAAUUGGUGCUCAAUUCGUCUUGAACGCCAGAGCCCCAGGUGAUGGCCACAGCUGCCCCUCCUCCGCCUCCCCUGGUGUCACUUGGUGACAGGCUCCGUCUGGCAGCAAGUAGGGGAGAGUUGGAGACAGUACAGGAGCUGCUGCAACUGGGAGCAUCUCUGGAACCUGACAGGGAUGGCCGCACAGUUCUCCACUUAGCAGCACAAAAUGGUCAGGCUGAGGUGACAAAGGUUCUGAUCAAUGCCGGAUGUGACAUCAAUGCAGUUGACAGUCUGGGUGGAACUCCUUUGCACAGAGCUGCAGCUCAAGGCCAUGUUGAAGUUGUCACCCUCCUGCUGGAAGAAGGUUGUGCCUAUGACAGGCAAGAAGAUGUGCAUGGUAACACAGCUCUUCAUGAAGCAGCCUGGAAUGGGUUCAGUGACACUAUCAAAGCUCUUAUCAAAGGAGGUGCUAACAUUUUUGCCACAAAUAAGGCAGGAUUUGGUCCUCUUCACCUAGCUGCUCAGAAUGGUCACAACCAGUCUACUCGGGAACUGCUGUACUCUGGCUGCUCAGCAGACGACAAGAACAAUUAUGGGGAUACUUGCCUCCACACUGCUGCCAGAUACGGACAUGCAGGUGUCACCAGAAUAGCCCUCAGUGCCAAAUGUAAUGCUAAUGAACAAAACAAGAAUGGUGACACAGCUCUUCACAUUGCAGCAGCUUUGAGGAGAAGGAAAAUUGCCAAGCUGUUGGUAGAGGCAGGUGUAAACAGCACUAUCAAAAAUAAGCAAAACGAAACUCCUAUAGAUGUUGCCCGAAGAAAAGAACACCCUGAGAUUAUAGUAAUCAUAACUGCCCCACCCAAAAAACCAAAGCACAAGGCUCAUGGCAGUCAUCACCCACACCAUCACCACUCAUCACGCCAUCACCAUGACAGGUCUGGUGUGUCCUCUCCUGGCGCAGAGGUUAUGGUGGAUGGACCAGUGAGUGACAAAGAGAAAGAGAAAGAAAAAGGGAAAUUUUCUUUUUUCAAAAAGAAAAAAGUCAAGGAGAAAAGUGGCCAUCAGCAGCAACAUGUGCGUUUUCAAGAUGAGGUGCUAAAACAACAACAGCGGCAACAGGCUGGCCAACGAGCUUUAAGUCCAACACAAGGCCUGUUUGGCCAGUAUGUCCCUAAAGCUGGGACAGUUUAUUACAAAGAUCUGGCAGGCAAUAUCAAGCAGGGUCCCAUAGGUUAUGCCCCAACCUGCACCCAGUGUGUACCAAUGAUAAAGAAACUAGGAGAUAAAGUGGAAGUUGAUAAGCAGAAUCUUUAUGACCACAUUGAUUCCACACAAAAGACAUUAACAGACAGGAUAGAUAAUCUGGAGAAAAAGACUGCUCUACAAGUUCAUAGUUUAGAUAAAUUCACCAGGGAAAGACUAGAGGCAGAAAAAUUAGAAUGUCAAAAAAGACUGGAGAACAGAGUGGUUCAGGAAAGAUUAGAAAUUGACAAUGAACUUGAUGAACAGCAAGACAUUAUAGCCGAGGAACUAAAGACUUGGAUGGCUUCACGUUUAGGACCAGGUGGUAGAUUCCAUGACGACACUGACCUUCCUGUUAGGGGGAGGGUCAACAGAACAUUCCAUGACCAACAUCUUCCAAAUGGGUUCAUUCCAGGCCCAGGGCCUUUGGUGAGGUCCAGGUCUGAUGAAACCUUAUCUCAGUCUGAAUAUGGAAAACAUAAGCGUAAUCUUGAUAAGUACAAACACAAACUUUUCCAAGAACUUCGAGCUUUGAAAAAUCCUCUGACAGUCCGUGACAGACCGAGUAGGAGGGACCAACAUGGAGCAAGUCAAAGCUUGGGGAAUCUUAGAGCUGGUUCACCACAAAGGCAGCUAGGAAUGGCCAAUUCCCCCACACCUCAGCAGGUGCAAAGCUUCCAGAACAUUCGUCAUCCUUCCAGAAGUAUGUCUCCACCUCAGCAUUCCAAUCAGUCUCGAAGUUUGUCUCCAUUACAGCUGCCUCAUCAUCGCACUCAGCAGCAUAAUCAACAGCAAAGGGCCAUGUCUCCACCAUAUAAACUUAGUGAUGGUCAGUUCCCAAGGCCAAGUUCAAUGCCUUACCAUGACAAUCUUGCAGCACCGACCCAGAUUAUGAGCCAGUAUAAAACCACUGGGCAACAAAGACCUGGAUCAGUUCCCCUUCAGGGACCACCCCCACCUCACCCUAAACCAGGAGUACCUGGCCCCCAACCGACUCAUCCUAGGCCCUUGUCUACACCUGUAUGGGGUGAUGGUAGGGACACCAGGUCUUCACAGCAGUUACAUACUGUGAAACAAGAAAACGCAGGACAGUCAGCCACAGUGCAGGAAGACUCAUCUUUUGAGAAAGAAAUUCAAUUUCCUUCCAGAGGACAGAGGUCAUAUUCCCAAUCCCCAACACGAAAUGUAAUAUCUUCAAAUGUCACUCAAAACCCAGGAAGAAACAUGGGUCAGAAUGUACACAGACCAAUGCAGCAGCAGCAGCAACAACAACAUCAGCAGCAGCAGUUGCCAUCACAGCUUCCCCCAUCUCAGCUUAAUCGUAAUCCAGAACAAAAACCCCAACAAGCAUCUUAUACAGGUCAACAGGCACCUAAGCCAAAUAAACAAGAUAAUAAACAUUUUUACCAGCCACCUCAACCCAUAACCAGGAAACCUGUUUAUCCCCAAGUUCUUCCUAACCAACUAGACCAACCAAACUAUCAACAAAAUCAACAGCUAGGUAACUCACUGAUUCAUCAACAACACAUUCAGAUGGGACACAAACAACAGCCAUCCAAACCUGGUAACCUAGUAUAUGAUCAAAUACCUCAACAGCCACAUCUGCAAGUGUCUCAACAACCACAUCACCCAGCUGGACAUCAGCAGUCACAGCCUAUAAAACAAUUGCAGGAUUCAAAACCACCUCAACAAACACAGAGCAUGCCCUAUAAACUGGGGCAUCAACCACAACACCAGCAGGUACACCAACCACCACCACACCAAACUGUACAUCAGCCACCAACCCGCCAACAACUUUAUCAACAUAUACCUCAACUGCCAUCACACCAACAAAGAUAUCAACAUCAGCUACCUGAUGAGAAAGCAUCUCAGCAUCCAACCCAGUAUUCACAUGCAUCAGGGCAACAGCAAAGACAUCCACCUACACACCAAACAUUUUAUCAACCACCACCACAACAACAAACUCAUCCACCCACACAACAGCAGGUACAUCAGCCAACAUACAAACCAACACCUCUUCCCCGACCAUCACAGAGACUCUCACAGCCGCCUUUGCCCAGCACCCAACCAGUUGCUGGUCAACAAAACGUGGCUCAUGAUCAGCAUAGGCCUGGUGCCCAGUCACUACAGAAUAGACACCCACAGGGUCCAAUUACUGCUGGCAGAAGUACUCCACACUUACCAGAAGACUUCAUGUCCAGGUCUCGUCGCAAUCCCAUUAAUGAAAGUUUACUCAAAGAGUUUGAGGAGUUUGAAACUGGAAAGGACCCUCGUCUUCCAAGACCUGUACAGCGGAAUAUGUACCCAAAUAAAUCUACCUUACACCUGAAUGGAGAUAACAAGGGUAGGCAGUUAAUGGAAAGUCCUUCAGUAUUGAGCAAAUCUGAGCCAAACAUUGAUCAGAAAAGCCAACCACCAUCUGGGAGUGGGGAUUCUCAUGUGAAUGGCAGGGUGGUCCUCACAAGGGAAGUUCUUCGCAGGCAAUCUCCAGGUCCUGUUCCAGCCAACCCAUCGAUACCCCCAACUGCUUAUGGACCAAAUGGACAUCAACAGAACCCAGUUACUUUAAAUCAUGUGUCAGAUUUGACUGCAUUGCAAACUGUAUACUCCCCAAGCAAUAUUAGCCCAACAACUGUUCUCAAUAAAUCUCACGAAGAAGGGAGCAACCCAGAUUCUGGGUACAGUAGUCGUAUAUAUCCCAACCACUCAUCUUUGUACUAUAGUCGCCCUGGCUUGAGUCCCCUGGCUCACGGGGUAAGUGUCACUACCCCACCAUUAUCUGGUUCCUCGAUAACAGAACGUAGUCCACAGAGUUCCCCUGCUACACAAACCUCCACAGGGACAUCAGAGGGGGAUCCAACCCACCUUCCAAUGCCACGACACUUUUUCAAUGCCCCACAAAACCCACAGGAGAGGUGGUUUGAAAGGAGUGACAAAGAAGAGACAAAAAUGAAGGAGGACAAAGAGUUCAUGGAACAGAGAUUUCGAUCUUUAGAAGAGAGAUCUGUCAGUUUAGGAAGUGAUGUUUAAAAUGAUGUGAUAUUUCUUUCAAUUAACACUUAUCCUGGCACACGUUUUCUACUUAUUGACUCUAAAGUUGUCCUGUAAUGUUAUCAGUAGUACAAUACCGUCCUGGUUCCAGGUUUAGUGGAACUAAAAUAACAUCUCAAGACUGUAUAUGUUGCUAAUGUUAUAUUAUAUUAUAGGUGCCUGGAUUUUUACCAAAUUGAAUACAGAUUUUGCUUUUAAUGAAAAGUCAUACCUGUACAAGUGAAUUCUGUUAGAUCUGAUCCGUCUCCGAUCUGUUCCACUUUGAUCUUAACAAUUUAUAGCCAUUAAAAACUAGUAAAACUGUUUAUGUUAGUUCAUUUCUUUAUUUUACUGUAUUAAAAAUGUCAUUGUUAUAAUUUUUCCCAAUAUUUGCAACAAAUUGAACAGCAUGUUGGUAGUUUACAUGGUUAAAUGUUGGGCGUCUUACAGUUAGUUAAUUAUUUCAAAGUUGAGCUUCAUUAUUUUCACAUUAUAUAAUGCAGAAUCUAUGCAAAAUAAGUGCAUUUAAUGCGUGUUUAUUAUACUUAAUGCUUUUAUAAUUAUGUAUUAUGUACAUUUAUGUAUAUAGUGUUGUUUAUAUACAAAAUGUUAAUUUAUUCCGUGCAGCAAUAAAGUAUUUUCUUAAAGACACCAGGAAGUUUUUCCUAUUCUU